CUUCACUCACCUGAGCCGCCCGCCUCUCCAGUCUCUGCGUUUCUGAGAACCGUCAGCAGCACUCGGCAGACUGUGUGCUGACUCGGAACAGUGUGAGCCUCUUCCCCCCUGAGAAAGUGGUUCCUGACCCCAGCAGACUCCAGACGGAGCCGGGAUGGCAGGCUGAUAUCGGGCCGGUCUUUCAGGAGCUGCCUCGCCCUAAUCCAACCCUCCAGCCUGGAGUUCACCUCUGUGGAUGCCUGAAGUCAUGAGUUCGCCAAGAUCUCAAUCGGGGGCAGCCAAUGGCGUGGCCAGAUCAGACAGCAAACUCAGCGCCAAGGCUCUUUACGAGCAGCGGAAAAAAUACUCCAACUCCAAUUUCAUCACGCAUGAGACAUCCCAGUAUCAUGUCGAGCAUCUCUCCACAUUUAUGAUGGACAAGUCUGAGUCCAUCAUCACAGUGGAUGACGCCAUCAAGAAGCUGAAACUUCUGGAUUCAAAGGAUAAAAUCUGGACGCAGGAGAUGCUGCUGCAGGUCACUGACAAGGCUGUCAAGCUGCUCGACUGCGACACUCAGGAAGAGCUGGAGAACUUCCCUCUGCCAACCAUCCACAUGUGUCAGACAGUGCUGAACCAGACCCGGUACAUGUCUGUGCUGCUGAUUGUGUGUCAGGACAAAGAGCAACACAAACCGGACAUCCAUUUUUUCCACUGCGAUGAGGUUGAUGCUGAAAUGGUUCAUGCAGACAUCGACAGCGCUCUGGGAGACACCAAGCAUGGAAAGAACAUGAGACCUCAGACUCUGAAGGUGAACCAGGAGAAAAUGAAGCGCCACAGAGAGACCAUCCUCCCCCCGCCAGCCCCCAGGGGCCCUCCACCCCCUGUGAAAGGACGGGUGUCAGCACCUGUGAGCAUGCAAGACAGACGAUCUUCAGGACAACACGACUCAGAGUUUCAGGAAAACCUGCCUCAGCGCAUAGAGAAAGACGUGCAACUCCUCAAUUGCGCUCUGGAUGACAUAGAGAUCUUUGUUGCACGGCUGCAAAAGGCCGCAGAGGCCUUUUCCCAGCUCAAUCAACGCAACAAGAGUAAGAAGAAUAAGAAGAAAGGACCAGCAGAGGGCAUGCUGACCCUGCGAGCCAAGCCCCCCUCUGAAGCAGAGUUCAUUGACAGCCUGCAGAAACUGAAGCUGGCCCUCAACCUCUUGGCCAAAAUGAAGAAACACUUACAGAACCCUAACUCUGCAGAACUACUUCAUUUCCUCUUCGGUCCUUUGGAGUUGGUGCUGCAGACCUGUGGAAGUCCCGAUCUGGCCCGUUCGAUCAUCUCUCCUCACCUGUCUAAGGAUGCUGUUGACUUUCUGCGGGGACACCUCACUCCCAAAGAGACGACUAUCUUUGAGCUGCUGGGAGACGGAUGGACCAAACCCAGAGCAGAGUGGCCCAGGGAUCAGUGUGCUCCUCCUUAUUAUCCAAAGUUUCGGAAUGGCUGGGAACCGCCAGCAGAGCUCUUUCUGACAGCGCCGUGGGAGACCGAGGGCCCGUCUGGGCAAGUCGCCGGGCAACUUGGUGGCCAGCAUGGGCCUCCCUUCAGCCCAGAAUAUAGACAACACUCAACUGAAGAUUAUUAUGGAACUUAUUCCUCAAACUCGUCAAAUGGCUCCUACAACGAGAAACCCAACAAUCGGAAAUUUGCAAAGAUCCGCUAUAACUUCGUAGCACGGAGUGCCAACGAGCUGUCGGUGCUGCAGGAUGAAAUUCUUGAGGUGUUAGAGGACGAUAAACAGUGGUGGAAGCUACGCAAUCGGAGUGGACAGGCUGGCUAUGUCCCAUUUAACAUUUUGGAUGUUGUGAAAAUCGAGGAGCCAGACGUUCACUACCAGAGCUACAUGUCUCCACGCUCUGGAUCUGCGAGCCGAGAAGACAAUUUCACCAAGGGCAUCGUAAAAGACAAAGCAAUGGAUGAGGUCAACAAUGAACUACUCAAGAAAAUCACGGCCAGCAAAAGCCAGCCGCCCAGACUGGUCCACGUGAAGCGAACACCGAGCACGCAACUGCCCCUCACCUCCGACUCGAACCCAGAACAGGUGACAGCGUGGCUCAACGCCAAGGGUUUCUCAAAACCGACUGUGGAUUGCUUAGGAAUCCUGACCGGAGCUCAGCUCUUUUCCCUGAAUAAAGAGGAGCUGAAAGCAGUGUGUGGAGAUGAAGGUGGACGAGUCUACUUUCAGGUCACUGUGCAGAAGGAGCAGUUAGAGAAAUCCAAUGGAAGUUCAGAGCUGCAGGAGAUCAUGAAGCGGAGGCAGGAGCGGAUCGACUCUGGCGGCACAGACUGAACCUGUUGAGCAACACAACACCCUGCGGACAUUUUCCUUCCUUUCAACGUGCAGCAGCUUACUAAACCAAUCUACUUCUUGUUGUAAUCUAAGAAAGAAAAUGACCAAAUACCUUGUACAUUAAUAAUUGUAUAUUUAUUUUUUAUCAUGUGUGCGCUAUUCAUUUCAAAAUGAUGUCACGUUUAACCCUAAAUCUUCAAAUAAAGACCUGCCGAAAGGAUGAACAUGGGAA